AUGGCAGAGAGAUCUCUGCGUCUUCUGGCGCUUUACCUGUUGUGUGGCACCACACUGUGCAUGCCCACAGACAUACUACAAGACUUUGACGUCGACGAUGGACGAGAUCGGGACAUUUUUGAGAUCAAUGAAGAGGCAGGGUUAAAUCUGGUGGAAGGCGACAUUGUGCUCGACGAGAAACAAUCUAGAAACUCCAUCAUUGGUGAUGAGUACAGGUGGCCUACAACCAUUCCGUACUACAUGGAGGACGACCUCGAGAUUAAUGCAAAAGGUGUAAUCCUGAAGGCCUUUGAGCAGUACCGCCUCAAGACCUGCAUUGACUUCAAGCCUUGGACAGGCGAAUCAAACUACAUCUCCAUCUUUAAAGGCAGCGGGUGCUUCUCCUCUGUGGGCAACCGGCGAGUCGGCAAGCAGCGAUUGUCAAUAGGCAAAAACUGUGACCGCAUCGCUACCAUUGAACAUGAGUUUCUCCAUGCUUUGGGUUUCUGGCACGAGCAGUCCAGGGCGGACCGAGACGACUACGUCAUCAUUAUGUGGGACCGCAUCUCAGAGGGCAGAGAUCACAACUUUAAGACGUACAACGACACCACUUCGAGCUCGCUGGGUGUCCCUUACGACUACGGCUCCAUGAUGCACUACAGCAAGACGGCCUUCAGCAAUGGUUCCGAGCCCACCAUCGUCACCAAGAUCGCUGCCUUCAGCGACGUCAUUGGCCAGAGGAUGGAGUUCAGCGACAACGACUUGCUUAAGCUCAGCCGCCUUUACAACUGCACUCAAGGAUCCACUUUUCUGGACUCAUGUGAUUUUGAACGUGAGAACAUCUGCGGGAUGAUCCAAGGACCAGGGGACUCGGCCGACUGGAACAGGGUGGCCACAGCGGCAGGCGGGCCCGACACAGAUUACUCUAACAUGGGCAAAUGCACUGGCUCCGGCUAUUUCAUGCACUUCAACACAAGCGCAUCUAACAUUGGAGACACGGCCCACCUUGAGAGCAGAAUGCUGUACCCCAAAAGAGGUUACCAAUGUCUGCAGUUCUUCUUCUACAACAGUGGCGGCCCCGAGGACAAGCUGAACAUCUCUGUUCGAGAGUAUGAUAGCGCCAACCCUGCCGGGAAACUGCGCUUCAUCACCACCAUUGAUGGACCCCCUCAGAACCUGUGGCAGCUGCACCACAUCAGCCUGGACGUCACAAAGAAAUUCCGUGUAGUCUUUCAGGGCACCAAAGAAGGCACAGGCCCAUCAUCAGGUGGACUCUCUCUGGAUGACAUCAACAUCUCAGAGACAAAAUGUCCAGAGUUCGUAUGGCGCGUAAAGAACUUCAGCCACGUCAUGGACAACACCCCCAUUAACAAGGCCAUCUUCAGCCCGCCUUUCACCUCCAAGGAGGGCUACACCUUCCAGAUGAAACUCUAUCCCAGCGGUAAAACCGACUACACGGGGCAGCUGUCAGCCUACGCUAAUCUGGUGGCCCGGGCAGGGGACAUCGGGCAGACCUGGCCUUGCCCCUGGAAACAAAUCACCAUGAUGCUCAUGGACCAGCACCCGCACAUCCAGAAGCGCAUGUCCAACCAGCGCAGCGUCACCACAGAUCCCAAGAAGACCACAGGUUCCCAUUGCUUACAUAUUGAACCAAUCUAUUGGUUCUAUAUUGGUGACUUCAUUCAUUCACCCUGUCCAUCAGGCUCCAACAAGCUCUUCUGGGACGACCCUCGCAAGGUGGGCGUUGAGGUGACAGAUACAGAUGGGUCCAAGUAUUUCCGUGGACCCGGCUCUGGUACUGCGGUGUACCUCACCCACCUGAGAGCAAAGAGCAGGGAUUUUAUCAAGGGAGGGGACGCCAUCUUUCUCCUCAGCAUGGAGGAUGUGUCUCAUCUGACAGUCAGCCAACCUCUGCCAACUGCAAUCCCAACCCCUUCAUCCACAACCACCACCACCGAUGUGUGUACAGAUGUGACGUGUCUGAAUGACGGUUUGUGCGUGCUGGACCAAGGAAAAGCUGUUUGCAGGUGUGCUGUGGGGGCUGACUGGUGGUUCUAUGGGGACAGCUGCGAGCACAAAGGUUCUCUCAAGGACAACAGCACCCUGGCUCUGGCCUCCUCUCUGUCUGUACUGGCCGCCAUGCUGGUCAUUACCACAGUCACUGCCGUGUGUCUGAAGAAGAAGUACAAGAAGCGCAGUAAUCAGAAUAGUGUCAUCAUGGCGAACAUGAACACGACGGGCAAACCCUGA